AUGCACGCCGCUCCACGCGGGUCGGUGGCGGCGCCCGUCUUCUACUUUGCGCGCACCUCGGACGACGCGCCGCCGUUCGCUUCGUUUGGCGGCAAAUCUCAAUCUCAAUCUCAAACGCCAUCAGUGCCCUCCAACGUGGUGAGCGUCCCGCGGGUCGUCCAGCUCCAAGACUUGCGCGGCCACGAGGCGGCGUGCAGCCUCGACGAGCAUGGUUUCCAAGCCAUUUCGGAUGCGCCGCCGCUUCUGCCCACCCUUCUCGAUGCGCAUGGGCAGCUAGAGACGCAUGGAAAAGAGGCCGCCGUCAAGGACCAUGUCGAGGCCCUCCUCGCCGCCAAGUGGCGACCGUCCGAGGAGAUCGUGUACCUGGAUGUCUUUACCGUCACCUUUCGCAGCGCCGAUGCCAGUGAAGCAAAACAAGGAUCGAAACGACGACCGUCGCCGCUGGUGCACGUCGACCAGACGCCGGCGACGGGUGCCAUGUACACGGCUAAAUUGCCUCCAGAGCUGCGCGACUUGGUGGAAAAUGGAACGCUACGGCUGCGCAUCUUGAGUGUAUGGCAGCCGCUCGUGCCUGUCGUUCUGGACUGGCCCUUGGCGCUGGCCGAGUCGUCGUCGUGCCCCGAGACACGGCUCGUCUCGUGCAAAACACGGUUUCCAAGCGGGUACGUCGGCGCCAUGGCGCUCGUGCAAGACGACGAGCCCUCGGACGCGCUGCGCUGGUGGUACUGGAGCGGUAUGCAGCCGCACGAGGCGCUUUGGAUCCAGAACUUUGACUCGUCAACGCCGACGCGCAGUCCGCACACGUCGUUUCGCGACCCGCGCGUCCAAGCGAGUGCGUCGACGCAUCGCAAGAGUGCCGAGGCGCGCGUCGUGCUCGUCACCAAAGCACGCUAA